AUGCAGAUGGCAGAAAAGUCGGAGGAUGACUACGACCCAGCAGCGGCCGCUGAGCUCAAGCGCAAGAGGACUUUCCGCAAGUUCUCUUACCGCGGCAUUGAGCUCGACAAGCUCCUCGACCUUUCCAAUGAGGACUUCAUGGGCAUUGUGCACGCUCGUGCACGCAGACGCUUCCAGCGGGGUCUGAAGCGCAAGCCAAUGGGCCUCAUCAAGAAGCUCCGCAAGGCCAAGAAGGAGGCUGCCCCCAACGAGAAGCCGGCAAUUGUCAAGACUCAUCUGCGGAACAUGCUUGUCGUCCCAGAGAUGAUCGGCAGCGUCAUUGGCGUCUACAACGGCAAGAGCUUCGUCACUGUCGAGAUCAAGCCCGAGAUGUGCGCUCACUACCUCGGAGAGUUUGCUAUCACGUACUCGCCGUGCGUUCACAACCGUCCAGGCCUCGGCGCAACAGCGGCUCGCUUUAUCCCACUGAAAUAAGCGGCUGGUCCUUUGCGCUUCGGUCACAUGUACACUAUGG